AUGGGCAAAGGUGGGAAAACCUGCCCUUUCCAGCGUUCCCCAAAUGAACAGUCCAUUUUUAUUGUUCUGCUUACAAUAGAUGACAACUCUUUUCUCCUGCAGCAGAAGUACAGCCAGACCUCCUGUUUCUGGGAAAAACAACCCUCAGGCUGUUUGAGGAUCGGUUGUGCCUUCCAGCACAGCCAAGCUCGAAAUAUAAAUGGACUUUUCCUGCCACCUAAUAACAAUGUGCCAUUGCAACAGGGUGGCCAAGAAAGGACUCUGCAUCCAGCACAUCUUCAAGAAUCACUCAGAAACCAAGAGAAUAUUUCCCUACCAGUUCAUGCUCCACUGAUUAUAAGGCUCAACAAUGCUGAAGAUGAACAGGACGAUGAAGAGGAUGAUGACAAAGAGAACUAUGUUUCUAAUUGGGUGCCUAAGACUGCUGCAGAAAUUGAAGAGGAAAGAACCAUAAAGGAAAUAUGCUAUAAAACUGGAGAGUAUUACAGGAUCAAGCACCCCCACAAACACCAAUCAACAGAAACUGUGUCUUCACCUCAGGAAAAGGAAAUAUUCCUCUUGGAAGCUAUGGAGCGAGACUUAGAGAAAGGGGAUGGUAAUACAAUUCCUACAACAUUUAAUAAUACAAAAAGAGGAGAGAGCUGGGAAAGGAGAAUACCAACAGAGCGUAUUCCCAGAAGAGAUUGUACUAGUUUUAGGAUUAUACUGCAAAGAAAAAUUCCUCUAUGCUCAUUGCAAUUUAUGUUUUCCUGUUUAAUUUUGGGAAAGAAAUGGUUCUGUGGAGUAAGAAACAGAUAUGUCUAUAGUAUAAUACCCUUAGUCACCAGGUACAUCGUCAUUGGAGGUGAAUCUGUUAUACGAAGUUUGAAUCUCCUGCCAUUCAUGGGUAUUUCUGCAAUGCUGUUUGUCACCUUAUCAGCAAUGCCCGUUCAGCUGUUAAAAUUAUGUGUGGGCCCAUGCUGUGAAUUGUAUCACUGAAGUGCCUGAGGAUUGAAGUAAUCCUUUUGUAAGCUGAAAUUAUUUUUUUACGCCACAUUGUUUUAGUUGUUUGGUUUGCAGGACAACCCGUAGCUGAACUGACACAACUGAGACAGAGGCAAAGCGUCCCUCAUGUGCAAGGGGUGAGAAAUAAGCACCGGCAGAGAGGAACAUAUUCAGGGUUGUGGUUUUGUUGCUGAGUUCUCUUGUAACAACAGGCAGCUCAGGCUCAGAAGUUGUCACCCUGUGCUUUGGAGUCUGUAUCCAUUGGGCUCCCACUGUGACUUUGGAAAAGGGUUUAUUCCCCCUGUGACACACACGCAAAUUACAUCCAGCUUUUCACUCUCAGUUCUUACAAAUGUCUAUGUGGAUUAAAGCCAAUGUUUGUAGUCUUUAACUGUAAACCCUAGAUACGGUAUUCAUGAACAUGUUCUGAUUCAUCAUGGAAAGUGUCCUGAGCCAGAACCAGUCAAAGUACUUGUACGAGUUCA